CAGUGACGCCACUGGAACUAGGGAACAUGGCGGAGGAAGAGCAUUUAGUUGAUAAUUUUGAACAUCUGGAUUUUUUAAGAGACAGACAUGUGCGCUUUUUUCAGAGAUGCAUGCAGGUGUUACCUGAGAGAUACGCUUCAUCGGAAACCAGCAGGUUGACUAUUGUAUUCUUUGCUCUUUCUGGACUUGACGUUCUUGAUGCACUGGAUGUUGUAGACAAGCCCAGUCUAAUUGAGUGGAUCUACUCAUUACAGGUUUUACCCACAGAGAAUCAAUCCAAUCUUGGUCGUUGUGGCUUUCGAGGAUCAUCACACAUUGGAGUUCCAUACAGUGCUUCCAAGGGCCCUGGGAUUGCUCAUCCAUAUGACAGUGGCCAUGUGGCUAUGACCUACACUGGCCUCGCCUGUCUUAUUAUUCUGGGUGAUGACCUGAGUCGGGUCAACAAGAAGGCAUGUCUGGCAGGAUUAAAGGCCCUACAGCUGGAAGAUGGCAGUUUUUAUGCAGUGCCGGAGGGAAGUGAGAAUGACAUGAGGUUUGUGUACUGCGGUGCUUGUAUCUGCUACAUGCUGGAUGACUGGUCAGGAAUAGACUGCACAAAAGCCAUUGAUUACAUCAGGAGGAGCAUGUCCUACGACAAUGGCAUUGGGCAGGGGGCAGGCCUGGAGUCACACGGUGGCUCCACAUUUUGUGCCAUUGCUACUCUGUGUCUGAUGGGAAAAUUACAAGAGAUGUUCAGCGAGCGAGAGCUGAACCGAAUACAGAGGUGGUGCAUUCUGAGGCAACAGAACGGCUUCCAAGGGCGGCCCAACAAACCUGUGGAUACAUGUUACUCGUUUUGGGUGGGCGCAACAUUACAGCUUCUGGACGUCUUUCAGUACACCAACUUUGAGAAGAACCGUAACUAUAUCAUGUCCACUCAGGACAGUUUAGUGGGCGGGUUUGCUAAAUGGCCAGACAGCCAUCCAGACCCUCUACACACCUACUUCGGCAUUUGCGGCUUGUCGUUGAUAGGAGAGCCAAACCUGCGCAAGGUGCACCCAGCACUGAACAUCAGUUACAGAGCCUUCGAGCGCAUGCAGCAGCUGCACCGGACAUGGAGGGAGCGCUGCACAUGACAAAGUGACACCAUAUCCACAAGCUCCCUCCCCCCACACACUCCAAGCCAUGUACCAGCUACGCCUUGUCCCUUGGAUACCCAGCUGUAUCAACUUUAGCAGUAGAAAAACAAGCCGAACACAAUCCGUCUGCUUCAGCGGAGGGUGGAAGGUGCCGAUGAAUAAAUAAUCAGGCCAGCAUAAUCAAUUAUUGAAUGUGAAACUGACGGUUGUCGCUUGGUCCAUGAAGAACGUUGUUUGGGCCCUAAAAGCAUAAACAAGACAUACUGUUCAUUAUCAAUAGUUUUUUUAAUGAGCUGCACUUGCUUCUUCUUAGACAAACUUCUAGUUAGGUUCUUAAUAUCAUCACUUUCUCUGUCACACUUUGCUUUGCCAUGUAUUAAUGUUUUACUUCGAUAUAUACAAUUAGACUCUUGUGCAUUCAAUUAAAAUAAUCGAUCUUUAGAAUAGCUUUUGGUUGCAUCCCAGUGACCUUAAGUAAUGUCACAUUAUUUAAUCAUGUUUUCUAUACACUGCUUCUUACGCUUUAGUUAUUGUUUACUAACCAGGUUGUCUAAUGACUGUUCUUAUAGAACGUGCCUCAGAUGAUGAACUCUGCACUCACCUUUAGAUCCUCGUUACCUUGUUUUUGCCAAUUGACGUCACUUCUGAAAAAAAGAUACUUGAAUGUUUCAGCAAAAUAAAAAGAAAAAAAAAUCAAAUGUAUUUUUUCUACGCUUAUGAAAUAUCCAUAGUAUACAUUAAAAAAGAGUUUGAGAUGACAGUGACAACUUUCUCUAACUAUAAACUACUGUAAAAUGUACUGUGUAAAUAAAUCAAUAGCAUUCGCUCAUGUCCAGUGAAGACAAGUGCGCAUAUUUAAUCGAGGAUUAAAAUAAAGUAUCUCUGUAGAACUCUGUUGGAUUCUGCUUUCAGUCAUUAUUUAUAUAUUUUAAAACACCUCACA